CAACUGCAGUUUCCUGGCAUCUGUGCGAUGCGAGCUGUCAUUUCAUUUUUGCUUUCAAAGUCCGAUUCCUGUCGUUAUUUUCGAAAGUUUCAUCGCUGGUGCCGUUCGCUAUUAUGUCAGCAGUUGGUCAGUGAGUUGAAACGACACAAACAGUGAAAAUGUCGAGGAUGAUAUGAGAUGACAAGUUGACACCAAAAGAUGACGGAGGAAAAGCCGUUGAUUUUUCGUUUCAAUGAGAAUGGGCAAGGACCAGAUAUCGUUCAUCAAGUCUUAUUGGAGCGUGGUUGGAUCGAAUUUGAUGAGGACCUCCAUGAAGAACAUGAAUGGAACUUCUGGUGGAAGGCGUCUCGGUUUCGUGUGGCUGAAUAUGAUCAGUUGUUGCCAUGGCAGCGGGUCAAUCAUUAUCCUAAGACAACUGCUUUGACCAAGAAGGACAGCUUGGCACGAAAUCUGAAACGCAUGAAAGGUAUCUACGGUGCAAAUCUGUACAACUUCAGCCCAGUUUGUUAUAACUUGCCGAAUGAUUACAAAAAGUUUGUCGCAGAUUAUACGAAAAAGAAGCAGAGAGAUCCGGAGAAACUGCAGCUGUGGAUAUGCAAACCUGCCGACAUGUCGAGAGGGCGUGGUAUAUUCAUCUUCAAAGAUGUAUCCGAUCUUCAGUACGACUGCUGUGCAGUUCUGCAGAAGUACCUCACUAAUCCCCUCCUCAUAGCUGGUUACAAAUUCGAUCUGAGAAUCUACGUUUGUGUGACGAGCUUUCACCCAUUGGGAAUUUACAUCUAUCAAGAAGGCGUUGUCAGGUUUAGCACGGAAAAGUUUGAUCUGACUAAUCUAAGCAAUGUCUAUUCGCACUUGACGAAUACGUCCAUUAAUAAAUUUGGACCGUCCUACACCACUGAUAAGGAGCGGGUUGGACCAGGGUGCAAAUGGUCCCUUACACAACUCCGACAUUACUUCCGCCAAAAUGAAAUAGAUGACCGCAUCUUGUGGUGCAAGAUAACAAGCCUUGUGAUUUUGACGAUUCUUGCGCAGGCAAACCAGGUACCAAAGGCUUCCAACUGUUAUGAACUGUUUGGCUUCGAUAUCAUCAUAGAUGUGAACUUGAAGCCCUGGCUACUGGAGGUCAACUUCAGCCCUGCCCUUGGCAUCGACUGUGCUACUGAUGUCAUCACCAAGAAACCCAUGUUGCAUGAUCUCUUAGACUUGAUGAACUUCUCUCCGACUGAUGGUGAACGAGGUGGCCAGGAUUUCAAGUUUUCCCCCUCUUCGGAUGGCUACCAUAAUAGUCGUAGGCCCAGUGUUGCCAAAGUUAAAAAGGUUCCAGUGAAAGUCAGAAAGCCAAAAGUAGUGGAAAAAAUACAUGCAGAGACGGUAAGCUCAAAAGACACUUUGUGUGACAAUGAAUCUGAUGAAGAUGAACUGGUGGAACCUGUCGUACCAGGGUGCGGGUUACCCUCGGUGCAAAUGCUCAAGUCUCGCCAGUCAAUGAGCAGCAGUUCUGGUUGCUCUAGCGCCGGAAGUUUUGGUGUGAAUAGUGAUGCUCCAUCACAAACGAAUCAAGCAAAGACUCCUUCAUGUAAAUCUUCUAAAAGUGGGAAACCGAGUAGUACUCUGGUGAAUGCUCGAUAUUUGAAGGAGAAUUCUGCUGCUUCGUGUAAGGAGAUGAAUGACUCCAAGCUUACCAAGGAAAUCUCUGUUGUAUCGGAUAGUGCUGUAUCGGGUCUUUCAAGUGAAAACUCUGACAUUGGUGCUGAUAGUGAGAAACUUGCUCAAGUGAAACUAGCGCAAAACGAGCAGAACAUCCUGAGUAAAAGUGUCGGAACUAUGCAGUCAUGUUACGACAAACAUACAUCUAUUUACUCCCCAUCGCAGAUGUCAAAAUCAUUAGUGACUCCAUACACUCCUGGAAGGUCAUUUUCAAAAAAGAAUAGCUCGUCGCAAUCUCCUCAAAGUGGUGCUUUGAAUAUUCGGAGAGCUCGUAAACUUUCUGAACCUAUUCAUCAGGUACGCAGGCCACCACCUUUGGUUCGGCACAACACUCAACCAGCGGGUUUUUCACCAAAUAGAAAUGGCUUGAAACCAAAACAUAUUCUACUCCCUCAUCGCCAGAGAGCCAGUAACUAUUUAUCACCAGUUGCAAGCCUUUCAAUGACCAACAAGUCUUUCAUGAAAAAUCCACUUGCUAUGAAUCAGUUGACACCCAAAGCCAUGUAUCCAACGAUGCAGCAACGUGCUGGUGAUUACUUCCUGGUAUUCCCGUUCAACGAGCAGAUGCGGCGUAUGGGAACGAAUCUUGACAUUCGGGUCGUGGUCCGCGAGGUGCAGCGCAUGGUGAAGGCUAAAGUGAAUGAAGUGAAGGGAACUGGUGACGUUGAAAAGGUCUGCGACACACCACAGCUAUGGUCCCCUGUACGAGCGUCAGAAGAAGAAGUAACCAGUGAAGCUUCUGGCAUGUUUGGUUCUUUGAAUAUGAAGUCCCAGUGAUAACCAACACACGACCAUUUCGAUAACGUACUUGGCGGCGGACUCAACUAGAGCGGUCAUCGCCUGCUCCUCAGCCUCACUCUGAUUUGACUGGAGGGCAAUCGCCUGCUCAACUGCUUCGUAGGAUUCUGCCGGAAUUGUUGGCCAUGCACUUUGUUCACUGUGCACAUGGGAGAAGAGGCUAUGUACAUAACCAUUUAACAUGGAGCGUCACUGCUCAUUCACAAGUGUUGUGCUAUCAUGGCACUUUGCUCUGCGAGUGUGGGAAUAGAUGAUAAGCAGCUAGUAGGGCUCAAUAGUUAUGCGUGAAUCAUCACAUCUGUAUGCAGGAGAUCCUCACAUUGUCAAUAAUACUGUGGGUUAGAAUUCUGCAACUGGUAGCCUAUGUUGUAUUCAGAUAUGAAGAAUCGAUAUGCUGUGACUAGGUUAGCUGAAUGAACUACAAACAAUUCUGUGCAGUUUUGAGGUGUUGAUGUUAGAACUAGUUAAUUGGCUGUUUGCUCCUGCUCACUGUUUACUUAGAGGGUCUUCUUUGUCAUAGCUAAACCAGACUUGACUAUGUCAUUUUAUUGAAGUCUACACCAGUGAACAUGUGAGAACAUAACUCCAAAACAAACAUACUUGUUUUCUUUGAAUAUACGUCUCAUGAUGUGUCAGCACUUUUUAAGCUCUUUUAUUACAAUGCAAGUUUAACUGUUUAUGUCUACAGUUUUUGAAAGAUCUUUUUUCUGGUCAUAAUUGUUAACCCAUCAAGGCUUACAUUCAUGUGACAUUGUAUUUUAAACUUACCUCUCCUAGGUAUCUUUCUAUGUUUGUUUUUUACAAUGAAUGAUGAAUUGUAUUGUAUGUCUGACUGUGAUAUUUUGAUAUGGAUUGUGACUGUCCAAAAAUGAACUUUCAUGUUUAUCAUGACACAUGUUUCACCUAUCUCAAAGCCGGUGGCAGAGUCUGAUUAUCAAUGAAGCUUCAGUUAAUUCUUGUGAGCUCAAAAAAACCGAUGACACCAGUUCUUUAUAUGGCCUGCAGAUAACUGUCUGCAUUAUAUGACACAUUUAAGGAGAGAAGAAACUAAAUUUUCCCACCAAAUUCAUUUUAUCAGAAAAAUAACCAAAAGAAACAGUGUUAUUUUUGAAAUUUUUAUCAAGUGCUAUAAAGUUUACGUAGGCUGGGCUGAUGUCUCACCACAUAAUUGGAUGCAAACAAGAAUGUUCACAUGUAUUUCUUUACAUUUGCUAAUCUCACUGUGAAAGCACAAAAGGCUGCGCAAACUUGAGCUCCACUAAUUCAAAUUUGUCUACUUGGUUCUUAUUUUCUCGUACUUUGAAUGUAAACAAUUUGCGCUGUUAAGGAUUUUGUGCUGUGUUUACUUAGUGGAUAUGUUGAUCCUGUUGUCUGUUGUUCGAAUCGUUAUCAAAGGGGAUGUUGCCCUCGUACGGAAUUGAAGAGUUCAAAUGCAAAGCCACUUAAUGUCUCUUCAAGUACUAAAAUAUUGUCCAGUCCCUCUGUCCAUCUUCGAGAAUACUGUUGUUAAGUGCCUCUAUCACCAUCAUAGCAAGUACAAAUAUAUUGCUAAUUAGAAAAUGUCAUUGCUUUAAAGUACUGUUGUGAUUUAGGCCAUGUAGUCUUUAGAGUAGGAUAGUGGCCUGUAUCAAGAAGAUGUACUCCUCACAUUCUGUUUUACCCAUAGUAGUUGCUUUGUUUGUUGACUGUUUUCAUAAUGAUAUCUUCCCUUAAAAUCAAAUGAUUUCAUCAACUUAUGCAUGUACAAUGUAUAUUUCGAGUAUACUAAAGCUAUGAAAGUUUGUAUGAGAGUGAACACUAGAACCAUUUUUGAUUUGUAUAUUGUCAACGAAGAACACCUUUCCAAGUACCGUAUCUGUUUGAAUAUCUACUAAGCUUGCUAUGCAGUGAAAGACAUGUCAAUAUUUUCAAAGUCACUUUUUUGUCAACUGGUCCCUUGCUCAAAACUCAGUGAAAGUCACCUGCUUAAAAAGUCAGAAAUAAUGAACAAAUGUAGUUGCGAAUUGAUUGAGUGGUUUUGAUACUGUCAAACUCAUCAGAAUGUCAUUGUCAAGUUUUUUAUUCAAAGAUCGUUAUUAUAAAACGUUUUUUCAUAAGAAGUUAUGAAAUAAUAUUUGUAAAGAUUUUAGGUCACUCUUUGUAUUGUUAUGGUGGAUGGUUCACUUGCAUUACAAUUGCAAUUCAUUUAACCAGACAGGCCCUGACCUUAUUUUCAAAGGCCUGGUGCGUUUGAUAUUGGUCAUUGAAUUCUCAAAGGUUUGGUUUGAAAAUGCUACAUUGGGUUUUGAGUGACAUGAGAUAAUCCCAAGCUAGCACUACUGAUCUUUGCACAGUUGCUGUAUCAUAUAUAUGUACAGAAGGUGUUUCUGGGAUCUAUCAGAACAUAAACACAAAUGUUAACAAACAAUUUGUGCCCAUUUUCUAAUGUAUAUCUUUACCACUCUCUACACUGGAACUCAGUAACUAUGAUACUUGCUGGCCCAGAAAUAUCUCGGGAAUCUUUUUCUCUUUAAGAUGUUCAGAAAUCUGGUGAAUUGUACCUAGAUGUAGCUUUCUCGAAGUUAGUGAUGGGCUACUGAUUUCAGUCAUCGUGUCUCUUUAUCGAUUGCACUUCUUAGAUACAUCAGAAACAUGAAAAUGUUAUCUAUGACUUUCUUGUGUACAAUUUCUAGUUGUUAAUUAGAUUCAUAGUGUUACCAUCUUGGGUGGUACUACAAAAAUGUUUUCAUUUCGUCCUUGAUUGAAGAUCUGUCAUCCAAAAAGUGCAUAAUUGCUAACCAUGAUGAUUACUCGUUGUUUUUCUUGGGCAUGUGUGAUAUUGUUAAUAGAAAGCUGACAACGUUGGCUUUCUGU